CCUAAAGGCGAUAAGAGGGAGCGUGUGUUGUGGGUGCAGUUUGAGUCAUGUGACAUUAAUGAUGCGUCGCUAGGUGACGGUGUGAGGGGAAAUCCCCUACUGCUGAUACUGGGCUUGGCCAAUGGGUUUGCAGUAUGGACAGCCAUGCCCGGUGGCGAUGCUCGUGAAGUGUACUGUUUGUGUGGUGAGGGGGAGACUACGAGAGUUGCCAAGCUACUGCCAACCCCCCAGAGCUACAAGGGCGUCACACCGGACAAGUUCCCCGAGGCAAGACCCAUCAUGGCCGUUGUCAAGAAGGGGAGACACAACAGUGGUAGUACGGUGGCCUACUUCACACUGCAGCUGCUCUCUCUGAGGACCAAUGGAGGGGACAACACUGUCAAGAAGUUUGUCUUCAAGACUAGACCCAUUGUCGACGUGCACUGCAACAGAAGACAGCUACUCUUCCGUCGGGUAUCCCGUGUAACCCCGUUGCCUUGGGAACUAGAUGGUUGGCCUUCUCGGAAACCGAGAUGGACCUGGCUGGUGAAAACGUCCAAUCGAAUAUCGAGAAAAAGUUAGCCGGCACAGAAGAGUUGGACUUAGAUGCAACUGAAAGCUACCACGGCAGCGAUGUUGAGGAAUGUGUAGAAGCUGUGACAAGUGAGGGAUGUGACGAGUGUGAGGGAUGUGAUGAAUGUGAGGGAUGUGGAGUGCCCUGUGUGUGGUGUGAAGCUGCCGCAGUAUGCCAUUGAGGUGCAUGCCAGCACUUGUGGAGAUGAAUAGACUUCACUAGCUAUCAGUGUUGGACCGAUACGGAUUGAAUAAUUUGUGUGUGUCUAUCAACAUAAACUUUUUAUUGUACUAUUUAAAGUUUUCUGUCUGUCAACGUUUUAGCCGUUCAAGAAGAGUGUGUGAUAAUACCGCAUAUGCAUGCAAAGUAUACCAAGACCCCCACAAAAAAGUAUAAGUCGUUAAUUUCUGUGCAUAAUAUUGUAUAUGCUGUACAUUAUACAGCAUCACUAUUAAUCUUUGUUCAUGUAUUAGGGUGGUUAAUAUUAUUUAUAACACA